AUGCCAAGAAAAUUCGGAUUGAAAUCAAUAGACUUGACGUUGAGUUCCGAGCACGAAGGUUUCCAUGCCCUUUCCAAAUGCGCUCAAUCAGUAGGACAUUCCAACAUUAUCGAUGCAGAACGCAAGGGAGGCGCUGCUUCUGCUGCUAUCAAUCAAAAUUCGGACGCCUUGGUAGCCAAGCGUAAAUCCAAAGCCAUGGCCAUUGCGACCAAGCCGGGAAAUCAGUUGGCAAUGAAUGCUUUUAUGCUCUGGAUGUCGGGAAAGAAUCUGAAUAUUUUCAGUAUUAAUACAACAACUUCUGCAGUCCUUACACCGAUGACGAAUAUUUUCAAGGUAGAAUCGGUCUUUGGGAACUUGGACACUGAUACACAAGUACCAAAGUUGAUCUUUGUUGCACUGAACGUAGUUUGGCUGGGUAUUGGUUUAUACAAAAUGAGCUCUCUUAGAUUGCUGCCAACGACUGCUGCAGAUUUUAUGGAGUCUGUGGUAUGGAAAGAAAUGUCAGAAACAUCUAGCAUUCCACCCAUGUUUUAA